UCUGAAAAUUGAGUUUCAAGUUAGAUCCACAUAAGCUUUUCGGUGCUUAACUAUUGCUUUGGCCAACAGCAGCAAUCACCAAAGCUCCUGCUCAGCCAUCAUCUAACGUCAAGGUCCAGACACCCUUUGUGUUUCACCAGGGAUGUUCUGUGGGUGCCCUUAUCCCUCUCUGGGCAUGUCCAAGGCACUUGAGUCUUGCCAGGCCUGAGCAGCCUGCUGUGAAGUGCCAAAAUCUAAGAGGGGCUUUGGUACUUGUCAUCUCAAACUAUGAAAAGUACCUACUUGCAAGGCAGGCAGUACUUCCAACACUGCCUGACUAGCUGAUUUGCUAAUUCCCUGCUCCUUGUACUGCUGUGGUGUAUGCCAUUCCAUAUGGAAACCAAGCUCCUAAAGUAUCAAAAUUGUAAACUGAGUGUUGCCACGUACCUUUUUGCAACUAUAUUCCUAAUUAUUAUUGUAGGAUCAGAAAGUCGUACCAGCUGCCUCAGCGAUCACAGUGCUACUACACCUUGGGGCACAAGAUGCAUUACAUCAGUCAGGCAGUAACUCCAGGUCUCCAGGAAUAUAGAUCCUACUGGAAUUAUACAUUAAAGUCACACUGUGUUUACCUUAAAGCAAUCUGAAGAGGGAUUAACUCGGUGAUCAGUCCAUCUCACCACAUCACAGAGGAGUGAUUAAAUUAUUCCCAAACAAAAUUGCCAGAAUUUGACACCUAAUCUAACUGCUGAUAUCUCUGUAAUCUUCUCUGUCUACUUGUUCAAGUGCUUAACCCUCCUUGUUAAGAACCGCGCCAAUUUUGUCCUGCAGAAAGCUAGAAUAUAUUUCUUCUUCGUCUGUCCUUGCUGAUCCGUGGGAAUAACAGACCCCCUCACAUAAAAUGAUUUUGGCUUUGCAGAAGGGGCUGGGGAGCCUCUAUUUGGAAUACAGUUCCCAAUACCGGUCACCCGGUCACCUCGUUAUACAAGUGAGUUGCUGCAAAUAGGGAAGUUGCAACAGAGACCAAAUGAUACAAGAACUUAAUUACUGAGAAAAGGGUGAGAAAAGCUACAGUGUGGCUGCUGCCUUUGGAAAACAGCAGAUUAAACAGUCACUUUAGGGGGGUUUGCAGAGCUCUGAGGGAACAGCAAGGAUUCACGAACACCGGCAGCCGAGGUAGUGACAAAUACCAGAACAAAAGGGAAAUUAACAGAGGCUUAAGUAGGGAUGAUCAGCAAAGCAGUGUAAUUUAUUUGGGAAUUUAUUUGUAUUUAGCACAGUUAAUAUAUGGAAAAUUAUACUAAGGCUGGAACAGAAACAACUAUUAGAAAUCAUUUUACAAGGCUUUAGACAAGUGUAGGGGCUUAAAAUAACUCUGUGGGAUGCAACUCAUAAUUCAGAGGAGAGGAAAAGGACUUACAUCUUCGUCACAGUCUUGUCUCUUAAAACAUUUAGCUCCAUUGUGCUAAGUAAUAGACAUGGUUACUUUAAUAUGACUAUCUAUACAAUUCUCAGGGAAAGGUUUUAAUUUACAAGAUUAAUUUCCCUUCCAGCUUUAAAUACAUAGAUGUGGGAGAAAAUAAUCAGAGAGACUUGAGGGGCAGGGCUGAAUCCUGAUCUCAGCAGCAGCAGAGUGAAGCCCGAAUAACUCCAGGAAAAAUGCUGGACGCAUGCAGGGAUGUAACUGAGCUGAGAUCUGGUCCUGAAGUGUGUGCACUCCACACAGGAAAAUCUUGACGUCCCCCCUUUAAAUUUCAAGGAAAACUAACAAAAGAGUCUCAAGUCCUUUUAGAGCAUUUCUACAGUUCUUGGAAGAAGCUUGUAUGUUCCCAUUCGCACACGAUGCCUCCAGGCCAUCAGUUCCAGCAGACGCUGGAUCAGACUGGGUGGCUCGCUCCCUUCGACCUGCAGCUCUGCCUGUUUUAAGACCAAACAGACUGCCUUCAGCUCUGGCGAACCCGCUGGGAAAUGACCCUUCUUACACAGCAAGGGAGCGGGGGACACCGGAAUGUUGCCCUGAGGCGGUCCGUGUAAUCACAGUUAGGCUUUUUUCUUUCCUUCCAGGACGGGUGCUUAACCUGCCGCUCGGAGACUCGUGGGUAAGAUCCCAACUUUCUCUCCAGGGGAGAUCCCCGCAGGCAGUUAACGAUUCCAGGGUUCCCGCUGUGCUACCACCGUUUACUCGGAAAAUCAAAGGCAAUUAACCAUACUUUCCUCUGGGGAAAAAAACUCUUGAUUUGGACCCGUCCUUACGCAGGGAAACCUACAGAACACUCUGCUGUAAUCCAACAUGAACUCUGCUAAAGGGAGCGACCGGCGCCCCGCGCCACCAUUGCCUCGCACGGCAAGGAGGACCUGCUCGCCGCCGCCGCCCGGCUCUGGCAGCGGAGGAGGCGGCUGCUGGCCGCCGCCGGGCUCGCCCUGGCCAUGGCCGUCGCGCUGCUGGUCGCCGUACCCCUGCUGCUGCUGCAGGCGCCCGCCGACACCGGCGCCCACUAUGAGAUGAUGGGCACCUGCCGCAUGAUUUGCGACCCGUACAGCGGCGGGCGGCCGCCCGGCCCCGGCAGCACCGCCGCCGUGGAGGCCCUGCAGGACCUGGGCGCCAACCCCCCGCCGCCCUUCGUCCAGGGACCCAAGGGGGAGCCGGGCCGGCCGGGCAAGCCGGGCCCCCGCGGGCCGCCCGGGGAGCCGGGGCCGCCGGGGCCGCGGGGCCCGCCAGGGGAGCGGGGGGACGCGGGCAAGCCGGGGCUGCCCGGGCUGGCGCUGGCGGGAGCGGGCGGCGGCGGGAGCGGCGGCGGGGCGGCGGCGGGCGGAGAGGCGGCGGGAGGGCUGAGCGCCGCCUUCAGCGGGCCGCGCAUCGCCUUCUACGUGGGGCUGAAGAGCCCCCACGAGGGCUAUGAGGUCCUCAAGUUCGACGACGUGGUGACCAACCUGGGCAACCACUACGACCCGGCCAGCGGCAAGUUCACCUGCCAGGUGCGCGGCAUCUACUUCUUCACCUACCACAUCCUCAUGCGCGGCGGCGACGGCACCAGCAUGUGGGCUGACCUCUGCAAGAACGGCCAGGUGCGGGCCAGUGCCAUCGCCCAGGAUGCGGACCAGAACUAUGACUAUGCCAGCAACAGCGUGGUGCUGCACCUGGACUCCGGCGACGAAGUAUACGUCAAGCUGGAUGGAGGCAAAGCACACGGAGGCAACAACAAUAAGUACAGCACUUUCUCUGGCUUUCUUUUAUACCCCGAUUAACACACAACAAGCAACAUGACACAACCGGCCCUGCCACUGAUGCUUGUGGGGCUGUUUGGCAUUUCCGUAUCCCAUCGUGCUGCUGUUCUGCUGGUAUCCACUGUCUCCACAGGUCACUUUAGUGUCAUUAUCAGUUUGUAUGUCUUUAUUUUUACUCCUGUGGAAAUGAAAUAGAAGUGAAACAAAGCAAUCCCCUUCUUUACUCUCCCGCAUUUCUUCUGACUGCCCUCUCCCUUUGUCAGCCUGAGUGUUUUGUAUGUCACACGAGGAACUCGGCAGCUUGAAACUCUCAAGUGGUUCCUGGAGGGUUUAAAAGAGCCCAGAGUUCAGACUGUGCCACAUACGGAAUUUGAACCAGUCACAUUUUUUCAUCAAAAAAGUAUUAAUUACGAUGAUGAAUUUUCAGAUCGACUAUUGCGAAGUGGGACUGGGCCAUAACUGUUCUUUCCUCUGCUGCUUUGUACGGGGUCAAGUGUAAACUUUUCUUUCUGUGCUAUGCAAUGCUCAUGUGAAUGAUGGUGUCAUUAACGUCAAACCUGUUUCUGUCUGCAAAAGAAUUUGGUCGCUGACCCGAGUCACCAAAAUAUCACAUUAAAUUAUGUUUUUAGACAACGCUUUUUUGCUUUCUGUCUCUUCCAGUGCUGCAAAGGAGCACUGUGGUGCUGCCACAGGAGGGUGGGUAGAGGAGGGGGUCACUUUGGUCCCUUAGGUUUGCAGCAAAAUUUAAAGGUUUUUUUUAAAGGAUGGGGCAGUCUUGAUUAUGGUUCAGGGGAGUUGGGAAGAAGCAGAGGGAGAGGAAAAAAAGCUUCACCUUUGCGCAGUUUUGUAAAAAGGAGACACGCUGUCAUCACGAGGUGAAAGUGGGGGUGUGGAGUAGAUCUCCUGAACAGAUUUACUGGGUUUGAACCUGAUCUACAGGUUAACAAAGUACAGGAAAAGCAGUUUAAUCAGUGAUUAUGGAAAGCCGUGUUUCUGUAACAUGCUUGACAAAUGCAAGGAGGCAGCAGGGGAGAGAGUCUGUCUAAACCCUCGCACUUGCAGUGUGUAUAUGGGUUGGAAACCACACCUAACUGUAGUGGGUCUGCACGGUGCCUGAGAUGGGCUAGGAGAGAAAGCUUGCUCAAGACUGACGAAUUCAGACCAUUUAGGAAUGUUUUCUUCUGAUGUCCUCAGUAAAUUCCAGCCACUCUGUGUCUUUUUAAGAAUGCACAGGUGUGUAACUAGUGCGUGUGGUUCUGAGCCUUUGGUGUAGGAGGUGCCUCUUUCAUCAUCACCCCAGUAGGUAACCUCCUUAGUUUGGGUAAAUUGGUGAAGUUAAAACAGUUAAAUUGGUUUACACAAGCACUUAGUUUCAUUUUACUGUCUUGUCAUUUCGUUUUUUCCUUCUGAAGAUCUUACCUCCCUCUCAUUUUUCUGCCCUUUGCAGCUUUAGUGCAGUUUCACAAGUAAGAGAGACAGGAGCUGGACUGAAAACAGCUCUGCCAAGGCUGGAGCUUUUCCCCUGCCCUAAUGUUGCAGGAGGAAGGAGAACCCAGUUGGUUGGACUUGGUCCAGCCCCACUUUGGGGCAGCCCUGUGAUGACUGAGUUAUUACAGUCGCUUCUGUCUCCUACCUGGUCCUUGGUGGGUAUUUUCUACUCAUUGGCUGGAAGAGGAGGGUCAAAGAAAGCAAUUCCUUCAUCCUGUCCUCAAACUCUCAAAACUGCCCUCAAACAAAAAAAUCCCAGUCGAGGGAAGCAGAGUUCAUAACCAGGUACAUGUGUUAGACACUUAUCAAUCUCUAAUGUGUUGUCGAUUUGUACUAUUUAGAAUAUGAUUAAAACCAGUGUCUGAGACCCAAAUGAAGUAUAAUUGCUAUGGAUCCUCAAUUCCCACUGGAUCCAUAAUCCUUUUUGACUAUUCCUCCCCCCUCCUUCAAUGAAAUGGAGCUUAGACACAAAGCCCUUGGUUUAAAUUUCAAAAAAUUAAAAUUGACAUGCAGCAGCAUUAGCAGGAGCCAGGAGGAAUUCUAAGGAGGUGCCUGGGCUGUGCUUUAUCCUUUGCAUUAAGAAGCAAUUUGUACUUCUAACAAAGACCCAACUGUUCCCCCUUGGCAAAAGGGCAAUGAAGAUGCCUUGCAAGGGAAUUGCUGUUCACAAUACUUAAACAAAUUUGAAUCUUAGAUUUUUAAAUCUGUAUUCCCUGGUGGCGCCUGCUCCUCUCAAUUCAAAUGCAGGGCUGGUGGUGUGUGCCUGCCAAGGUGUCAGUAGCUAAGCGGAUGAUGGAUUGAUGAGGCAAUGGGAAGACACAGGCUCACAGUGGCGGUUUGCCCCGACAGUGAUCUAUGUAUCUGCACAUUAUCAAUGUCAUGAGGAGGCUUGAACCACCCUCACUAGAUGUCUCAUUUUCCACUUACCUCUUAUGUACUAAUUAUCAGGCUGGAUUAUUCCCCAGGAUAGAAACAAAAAAAAAAAAACCCGCUCAUUGCCCCUCCACUGACAGUUUACACGAUCGAUAGAAUGAACGUCUCCCUGGGCUGCUCAUAGGCUUUUUUGUUUCCUCUCCUCAUUGCAGGGUCUUCUGAGAUUGCCUCUGUGGGGGGUUGAUGGCUCUCACCCAGAAUCUGCAGCGGUGGUGCUUGAACAGACUCCUCUGUCCCACUCAUCUUGGUAGUAGCUCAGUGUGUGGGUUGUGUUUUUUUCUGAAGUAACAUAGGGAAAAGCAAUUGGGAGAUGAAAAACUUCAGUGCUCAGUGGUGCAGUUAUCCAGAAAAGCAGAGGCAGCGCUGCAGAUAGAGAUGGUGGUCCCUGUGCUGCUGGUGUCUGUGGGUGAGAGAAGGGUCAUGUACAGCCCAGCAAGCAGCCUGCAGCAGGCUUGUAACCCUCUGUGCUUUAACUGAGUCAUCUUCCCCUUGGCAAUGGUCCAUGGGUUCUUCAUGGCACAAAGAGAAGGGGCUGUUUGUAGGGGAGAUACCCUGGUCCCCUGGUUUGAAUCGGAAGAGGAGAAUUAAGGUGUACUUAGAGGCUGACUUCAGCUUUCUCUGGGACUGGAUUUCCCAAAUGAUACUGGCAGCUCAAAUGACCAAUAGCCAGUGUCUGCUCUGGAGGUCUGAUCCCUUGGAGGUGUUAUUUUACUUGAUGAGUUAAGCAGAUGCUUUUAAGAACUGUUAGGUGAUCAGGUGUGAUGUGAAUAGGGAAUGCCCUCUGAAAGGAGUGGAAUGUUGGAGUCUUAGACAAAAGGUGCUUCUGUUUUGUGCCCAGCUGUGUAUUCAGGUUAAAUUUAUAAUACAGAAGUUAAGAUUUAAAAAAAAAAAGGACAGAUGUUCGUCCGGUCAAAGUAACUUAGAUACUGUAGCAGCAGAUCCCUGAUUUUAGUGAAACCUUAUUCUGUGUCUGGUCAGCACUGGCUACGGAAGGGAACCCUGGAGUAGAGAGGAGCGGGGAGACAUUGAAGUGCACAAAACACGGUGGAAGGGGCAAUUGGGAUGCUGCUGAGACCCCUGAGAGGAGUGCCAACCACCCCUGGUCUGUGGUUGUUCCCUGGAGGAAGGUGUUCAGGUUACUCUGCUCUCCUGCAAGCCCAAGCCAGUAUUUGUGGCUGGACACUUGUUUUCUUCUGUUUUGGCCUUCGUUGGCUUGGGAAACUCCUGGCAAGUCUCUAGGGAGAUGGGUGAGGAAAUCCUUCCUUGGCUUAAGUGAAGUAGGUGAGCUGCUGGGGCUGAGGUGUCACCAGCCAGUGUAGAGAGUUCUCUGACAAACCUGUGCUGCAAGAGCACCUGGAGUCUGGUGUCCCACGUGAAGUCUGGUGCCUCUGUGUUUUUCAGAAUGUCAGUUUGCAGAUUUUCUCCUUGUUGCUCAUUUCCUUGUAAAGUAGUGCCUGGGUCAGUGGGGCUCACAGGCCCACAGCAGGACAGAACAGCCCUGUGUCUGGGUUCUUCUCUUUCCCUUUUGUUGUUAGAAAAGCAAAGUGCUGCUUUCUGUGCCUCAUGGCUUAACACGUGUGCAUUGAACCAUGCUUUGGUCUUCAUCUUGCUGCUUUUGAAACUAACUCUGGACAUUUUUCUUGGUGACUUAAUGCUUGUUUAUCUUUUUGCUUGGCUUCUCCAGUGGCUUAUGGUGCCUGGAUGGGUUUAAUUUGUGCACUCACAAAGUAGGGACAAUGGGUUUUGGUGGAUGCUCAUGUGUCCUUUUUUCUGUUUAUGCCACAGACUAAUUAUAUUAAGGGAUCUGUGACAGACAGAGGUGAAAUGGCGUAUAAAUCUAUUUCAAAUCUGUUUGUGUUAAAUACCUUUUUUUGUAACAUGCCAAUUUUUUCCUUAUUGUGAUUGGAAUGAACUCUGGGAAAAAAUCCUGGUAAAAUCCUGUGUCUUAGUAUUGUCUCUGGGAUAAAGGAGCCUGUCAGAAUAAAAUAAAGACUAACUGAAUCUUCACUGA